GUUCAUUAUGACGUCUUACGGAACGUCGCACACUGCGAGUUGACUACACGAAGCAACCAAGGACAUCCAGCAGAAUAUACUCUCAAGAGGUGUUGGGGAUGGCAGUGGAUUGGGCUGGAUAUGGAUACGCAGCGCUAGUUGCAUCUGGUGGAGUCAUUGGAUAUGUUAAAGCAGGCAGUGUCCCCUCUUUGGCAGCAGGGCUUGUCUUUGGAGGUUUGGCUGGUUUUGGUGCUUACCAAACAUCACAAGAUCCUGGAAAUAUUUGGGUGUCUUUAGCUGCAUCUGGGACGCUUGCUGCUAUCAUGGGGAAGAGAUUCUACAACUCACGCAAAAUCAUUCCAGCUGGUCUCAUUGCUGGAGCGAGUGUCCUGAUGCUGGCAAAACUUGGAGCCGGAAUGUUGCAGAAACCUCAGAAAUCAUGAUACUGAAACAAAAAUUAUGUCUGCUAUUGUUC